GGCUGCUUUAUUUCCAAGCUCAUAGGCGAAGCCUUGCACUUUCUUACCCCAGUCUUCCGUGUCAGAGAAAAUACAGCCAUGAACAGUGUAGGGCUUCGUCUCGCUACUUCUGCGACGAUGAGCUCGCGGUCGUGUGUGCUGUCAGCUUGGAAGAGCACAAAGCUACCUCGCCAGCAGUGGUGGACGAAGAGAUAUGUGCAUUCGAGGAAAGAGCUGCCUUACAAGGUUGAGGAGGGUCUCGGGAACUUCUUGCCCCCAAAUGCGCUUAAAGUAGUCGCUGAAGAAUACCAGCAAGGAUUGUUGGAUAGACUGAAUGACGAGGUUAGAGGUAUGCAGCUUUCGUGUCCAGGUACUGCGGAGGAUAAGAUGACGGUCGCUCAAAUAGUUCUGAGCACGUCCCAGUCUUACGAGAAAGCUAUGGCGUUCAAUUAUGCCAGCCUUGCCCUCAAUAAUAGUUUCUUCCUUGACAAUUUAAAACCUCCUCCGCCUAGGGCAGACAAUCCAGGCGAACUGGGUAAUCAUGAAGGUCACCUCAACGGUACUUACCUACACUCUGCUUUCCGUUCUCAGAUGGGCUCCUUAGAGCACUUCAAGUCUUCAUUUUGUGCUGCGGCAACUGGUAUGGCCGGCACAGGCUAUGUGUGGCUCGUCACAGAUCGCUCGGGCAGUCUCGCUUAUUUCCCCACUUUCGCGGCUGGUACUCUUCUGGUGCGGUCGCGCAGGCAAGUAUACGACGACAAGUACUCCGUCCUAGGCGAAGGUUCCCCAUCUCCUACAGAUCCUCAGUCAGCUACGCUUGGUUCAACGCCCACGUCACCUGUGUCUGGCCUCGCCCGUGCCCCGCCGUCUCUGAACCCUUCCUCGCCCUCACGCACCCUUCAUACUUCUCCUGUAAGCCGAAUAGACACGGCGGGUGCAGGGCCAUCGGUUUAUAGUGCUGGCACAAACGAGCCAGACGCGCCCAACGCUACGUUCCGGGAUAUAAGGUCACUUGGCGAGGUCCUUAUCCCUCUUUUCUGUGUCAGCGUGCACGAACAUUGCUGGAUGAGCGCUGGGUAUGGCGUCUGGGGCAAGGAAGCUUGGUUGAAAGAAUUCUGGAGUGUCCUCGACUGGGAGAAGGUCGUAAAAGCUUAUACUAAGUUUGUGGAUUUAAACACGAACAGCAUCAAAAGGAAGUAGGUGGGCAGGUGGACGGGAAAAGUCAUGAGGUCCUUUGUGGGUUUCAAGGAAUGAUGGAGCGGAGAGUUGGAGAUAGUAAUGCUCGUAUUUAUUCCAGUCGUCCACCGCUCAGUCUAGCUCUAGAUCUUAUCACGUACAUAUAUAGCACCUUAUACACCUUAACUUUUAUACAGAAUCUUAUCACUCCAGGGAUCCCCGUAUAAUGCAAGCAUAUUGUUGCAAAAUGGUACAUUAAACUGGUUUCCAAAUGUAUUAUUGUUCUCACCAUCU